AUGGAUCGAGUCCAGGAGGAGCUCCUAAGGGUCGAGGCCGAGCUCCAAACAGGAGAUCAAAUUACUUCGGCGGAUCUGCAACAGAUUGCGACCCUGACGCAGAAACGGGAUCGCGCUCACGCAUCAUUGGCCGAAGUCACGCGGAAUUUCAUGAAGGCGCGAGAAGACCUGCUUGCCCACCAGCGGAUGCACACGGAGGCUCGUGACGAGCUGAAUCGCCUGCGAGCUACCCACAGAGCUACCAUGGCGGCUCUGGAUCAAGCUGUGCGGGAACGUGACAACCCGGAGCUAACUCGUCUGCGGGAUCUCCAGGAGACGACUGUCGCGGAUCUGGCGCAGGUAUGCCCGGAGCGGGACGCCCUUCAAGGUGAAGUGAACCAAGUUCGUUCGGAGUUCAAUGAUCUCAAAUCCGACUUCGAUGCGUCCGAACAGACCGUAACUACAAUGGGGCGUCGGAUCCAGGCGAUCGAAUCUGAGAGUCGGUCGCUGACGCAGGAUCUGAUCCGGAUGAGCCAUGAGCGGGACGUGCUACAGCUGGAGCUCUCAGUCGCGCGUUGGCAGCUGACCUCCAUCACCACUCUGGCGAGAGCGCGACCUGGCGCAAUCGAAGAGGUUCUGGAUCCGGCCUACAUCCUCAGCUUGAUCCGUAUUGCGCCCCCCGGAUCUGCCGAGCAGCAGCCUGCCGGCAAAACUUCCGACCCCGCUCAGCGGGAUCCCGAUCCAGAGGCGAAUCCAGAGUUGAGUCGGCAAAUAGACUCCGGCACUUCGAAACGGGAUCGUGGCCCGGAGACUCCCGAUCCAGAUCUAACUCCGGCCGUCAAGCGUCGCAUCUUCUCGCCGCCCUCCGAGCACGAUGAAGCUAUGGACCAGGAGGAAUUUGAGGAGAAAGGCGGCGACAACCCGGAAGAGAAAGAUGAUGACGACCAGGAGGAGGACGACGACGACGACCAAGAGGAGGAUGACGGCGACCAAGAGGACGGCAACGACCAUGAGGAAGGAGAGGAUGACGAACACCACGAGGCGAGUGAGGAGACCAACGACGACGACGCAGAGACUGAGAUCAUGGCGAAUGAGCUGUUUGAAGCCCAGACUCGAGAGGCGUUAUCUCGGUCGCGAUCCGACGAGAGACGGCGACAGCACGCCUAUCCUCGUCGCCAACUGCUUUCGAGCGCUGGUGGUGCCCCUGACGAUGAUGAUGGAUUGGAUCCGCAUGAAGAUCCCGAUCCAACUGCCCCGCAAGAUCCCGAUCCACGCAGUCUCCGUCCGGAUCGUGCCCGUCGACCACCUGUGCAAGACCCUCUGGCUCCUGUUGUUCCAUUCGCGCCGGACUCUGACUGCAUCCCAGGUCGUGAGCAUGCACAUAUGUUGGUUUUGGCCGACUGUCACCCUUGGCUGGUGGAUCGCCUGAACGACGUGGCCAUGGUAUCUAUGCUGGUCGACGUAUUGUUCCCGAUCCUGCCCGCUGCUUCAGGCUGA